UUUGAGUCGUUUGACGUGUCGCGUCCCUAGUUGGUAUAUAACCGCGCCUUGUUUGCGUGAUAUUAUUUCCAAUUAUUGUUAAUCUUAAUACAGAAAUAUGUAAUAAAACCUUAAUUAGUACCGUUCCUUUAGAUUCCGGCAAGAUAUCUUGUGAAAAUGGAUGAAAAAGAAGAGUUGCAUCUAACCUCUCAGGAGUUGCAAGUUUUGUCGGAACUUGACAGUCGGCAGUUUGGUUUCUUGAAGUUACGGGGAACUGAACAUGGCAGGACUCGGGCUUUGGUGCUCAAGGCAGUCAAGUAUCUUGAAGGGAUGCUUGUUCAAGUCAAGGAAGAAGAACGGGCAUGCUCACCUGGAGCCAGACGAGACAUAUGCAUAGAUCCUAAAACUUACUGCAAACUGGGCCACUUUCACCUCCUCCUCGAAGAUUAUGCUAAAGCUAUGUCGGCGUAUCAAAAGUUCUACGCCCUGGAGCCUGAUAACUGGAAGGAUCCGCUUUUCUUAUACGGAUUAGGGCUGUGCUAUUAUCACUACAAUGCCUUUGAGUGGGCGACAAAGGCGUUGCAAAUGGCUCUGUACGUGUCGCCGGGGUUCACUCGCGCGGCGGACGCGCACCUGCGGCUGGCGCUGAUGUUCAAGGCGCGCCGGCACUGGUCCAUCGCCGCCGUGCACUUCAGGCGCGCGCGCCUCGCGCCGCACCAGGACGCCACCUUCACGCGCCUCGAGCUCAGCUUCCACGCCGCGCACCUACUUGAAGCACGGAGCUUGAGGAAAUCUGCCAGAGAUGCCUAUGAAAGACUAUUGAAAGAGCCACAGUUGUCGUCUACACUCAAAGCAGACGUGUGCAGACAAUUAGGAUGGCUUUACCAUCGUUGCGUGUCUCUGGGGGAGCCGGCGGGUCGCGCGCGUGCAGCUAUUUGGUGCCUGCAGCGCGCAGUCGCCGCCGAGCCCGACUCCGGCGCUGGCUUGUACCUACUCGGACGGUGUUUUGCGGCACAAGGAAAAGUUCACGAUGCCUUUAUAGCGUAUAGAAACUCGGUAGAGAAAUCGGAAGGAAACGCUGACACCUGGUGCUCUAUUGGAGUGCUUUAUCAACAACAAAACCAACCGAUGGACGCGCUACAGGCAUACAUAUGCGCGGUGCAAUUGGACAAGGGUCAUUCCGCGGCGUGGACCAACCUGGGCAGUUUAUACGAAAGUUGUCAGAUGCCUCGAGACGCAUUUGCAUGUUAUACUAACGGAGGGGCAGCCGCUACUGCGUCCCACUCGGCGCUAAGGCAGAGACUAGCUUUCCUGAGAGCACAUCUUGCACACGCGCCUAUGCCUUCUGUUACCGGAAAGCGUCGCCAAUUGCCUUCGAUUGAGGAAGCGUGGAACCUGCCCAUAUCUGCGGAGAUGUCGUCCCGGGCGCCCAAGGCCGCGCCGCCACCGUACCCGGGCAAGCGGCCGGAUGAGCCGCCGCCGCUCACGCAACACCAGCUGCAGACCCUACAGUACUUACAGAAGAACUCUAACAACUUAUCGCCGCAACAACAAGCUUUGAUGCAGCAGCUACUGUCGCAGUAUCGUCAAGCUCAGGCAGCGAGAGCGCGUGCGGUGACGAAAAGCGAAGGUAACGCGACCGGCGGCGACAAUGCUGAGUCGCUCGCUGAAGAUCUGCUCAAGAGAUUCUCCGAUACCCAGCCGGAGGUCAAGAAGGAGCCUGUUAGCACCGAUAAUACCAUUAGUGCAAGUAGUAACAACGAGGCUGUGCUGGGAUGCCGACAACCUGUCGUGAAGCUGGAGCCCCUCAAGACCGACCCGCUCAAACCCGUUACCUUCCACAUCGGCAUGAGUUCCAAAAACAUACUGGAUGCUUGCAAGGAAAACGCUGGCCCUCCAACAGCGUGGUCAGUGUUGGGCGACGGCUGCGGCCCUCCCGAACCGCCCGCCGUGCCUCCGCCGCGCCUCUCGGCCGAGCAGCUGGCGCCGCCUGCGCCAUUCGUCUACGUCGAGUCCAAGCGCGAUGCCUUCUCGCCGCAACUCCAGGACUUCUGUCUCAAACAUCCCAUCGCCGUGGUUCGAGGACUGACCGCCGCUCUCAAGCUCGACCUCGGCUUGUUCUCUACCAAGACCCUCGUUGAAGCGUGGCCUGAUCAUGCCGUGGAGGUUCGCACUCAGCUGAUGCAGUCCGCAGACGAGAACUGGGACCCCACCGGUCGAAGGCGGGUGUGGGCAUGCGCCUCGCACCGCUCUCACACUACGGUGCGCAAGUACGCGCAGUACCAGGCCGGCUCGUUCCAAGAGUCGCUACGAGAGGAGCGCGAGCGAGGUGGCGCGGCCACGGCGGCCGGCGGCGGCGCGCUAUCGGACUCUGACGGCCGCGAGUCCGGCUCGGGACCCGUCAAGCGACGCCGAGCCGCCCGGAUGCUUCGGUUCGGCACCAACGUAGAUCUCUCAGAUGAGCGCAAGUGGCGACCACAAUUGACAGAAUUACAAAAGCUUCCUGCAUUUGCACGUGUCGCCUCAGCCGCAAAUAUGUUAUCACAUGUCGGUCAUGUGAUUCUUGGCAUGAAUACAGUGCAACUUUACAUGAAAGUGCCUGGUAGCCGUACACCAGGGCAUCAAGAAAACAACAACUUUUGCUCGAUCAAUAUCAACAUCGGGCCCGGCGACUGCGAAUGGUUCGGUGUGCCAGACGCUUACUGGGGAGGCGUGCGUGAUCUGUGUGAGAGGCAUGGGCUAUCGUACUUACAUGGCUCUUGGUGGCCUGACCCAGAAGAGUUGCGCGCGCACGGUGUUCCUGUAUACCGCUUCACGCAGCGACCAGGAGAUCUCGUGUGGGUGAAUGCCGGCUGCGUGCAUUGGGUCCAAGCCACGGGUUGGUGCAACAACAUAGCCUGGAACGUCGGACCGCUGACGGCGCGUCAAUAUUCGCUGGCGUUAGAACGCUACGAGUGGAACAAGGUGCAGAACUUCAAAUCCAUCGUACCUAUGGUGCACCUGACGUGGAACCUGGCGCGCAACAUCCGCGUGUCGGACCCGCGCCUGCACCGCGCCAUGCGCACGUGCCUGAUGCAGACGCUGCGCGCGGCGGCGGGCACGCUGCAGGCCGUGCGCGCGCGCGGCGUGCCCGUGCGCUUCCACGGGCGCGCGCGCGGCGAGGCGUCGCACUACUGCGGCGCGUGCGAGCGCGAGGUGUGGCACGCGCUGCUGGUGCGCGAGCACGAGCGGCGCCACGUGGUGCACUGCCUGGCGUGCGCGCGCCGCGCCAGCCCCACGCUGGCCGGCUUCCUGUGCCUGGAGGAGCACCACAUGGACGAGCUGGCGCAGGUGCUGGACGCGUUCUCCCUGCACCGCCCGACGCCGGCCGCGCUGCCGCCCGCGCUGCUGCCGGUGCCCGACUGAGCGCGCGGCGCCGGCCUCUGGUUCUGGCUCCUCGUUCACUUCUCCGAGUCUUGUCGCAAGCGAUCCGAGUAGCGACGGCGUACAUGUAUUUAUUUUGUGUGCGAGUGUAUGAUAUUUUGGUUUAUGUAUGAGGUGAUGUUUUAUAUAUCGAGGUUAUGUUUCGGUGCGAAUGAGAGAUGGCGUCCUAUAAGCUAGAAUAUUUCGGGUCGGGUGUCCGUACUCGAUUGGCCUUCCACAGUUUUCUCACAGUAUUAGAUGCUAGCUAGUUCCGAUGAUUUAUGGUAAUUGUUGACGACUUCGUCAUUGUUGACCAAGAUAAAUUGUAUCAUAUGCACGUUUAAUCUAUUUUUACUAAGAUGCGCCUGAAUUUAAAGUUGUUGAGUGAUUGAAAUUAAUGAAAAUAUUUUGGUGAUAAAUGUAAUUUUAUAUUACGGAAACUUAUACAGUUUACACGCUCCUCGAUCACUUUUGUAAUUGUGCGAGAUAUUUGAUAUAAGAAGUCAAUUGUCGGCGACGACUUACCGAAGUAAUAGAAUGUACGUAUAAUGUUAUCAGCGGAGCGGGCGGCCUCGACGGCGUGUUAACGAUAAGCGUAGACGAGUAGCUAGCAAUGUUCGCAGGAGUAGAGAGCGGCCGCUCGCAGCCCGCUGGGUCUCAUGUGCUCACGUGUUCACCAUCACAUAAAUGUGUUAUUUUUGUAUAGAGGCAUAUUUAUUUAUUUUAACGUACUGUGGACCUUAGUUUCAUUUUAUAGACAGUCUUAGCAAAUAGUAGUGUUAAGUAAAAUUGCACGGAUGGAGACCCUACGUUUUAGCAGGGUCUGAAGAAUAGUGCUGCGAUGUCCCAAAGAAUGUUUAAAUGUACUUGUGUAGACAAAUGGAAAUGGAACGAUCAAUUGAGCGAUAUUGUUUCGAAAUUUCUUAAAUAAAUUGACAAAUUUGGGAUCUGAAGUUUAAAUUAAUUUUAUUUAGCUAGCAAGUUGACUUAUAAUUUCAUGAAUUGGACUGUAUUAAAAUUAAGCAUAAUUAACAAAAUUGUUUCUUGGAUUGAUGUAAAGUUAGGAUGGAUUAGGCAAGUAAGCUCAGGGUUGGCAGUAAAGCUGGACGGCUCACCUCUGACACUUGUCUGUUUGUUGUUUACUUGGAAGUUUUAUUGAUGUGUUAGUGACAUUCUAAUGUCAAGUGUAUUCAUUUUUUAAGUGUCAGAGGUGAGUAAAGAAUGAUGAAAGGGAUGUGUUGGUCAGAUUAUGUAUAGCGAUGCCGAAAUAUUUAUAAGUAUCUAAAUAAUAACACCACUGCCAUGUAUGACCUUACUGUUUAUACUGUAAAUUACAUUUGUAAUAAAGAAAUUUAAGUACGA